UGAAGGAUGCACACUACACACGUACACACAAUUGAUACGGAGAAUUGUGAGCAUGACACGGCCGUUUGCUGGAGGAAGACCUGACAAAAGUCGAGCGCUUGGCGAGCGGAAGGCAGAUGGCGUCAGCGUUGCAUUGUGCGCGCGCGCGUCAGCGGGGGCAAACGUUGAUGGCGAUUUGGACGUUACUUGGUGAUUGUGGCGCUGGCUUCGUGCAGGUUAUCACGGGUCGGCCUCCCCAGCGGACCGUUUUGCACAGUCAGCUAAUAAUUUGAGAUUGCUUUUUAUCCACCAGAGUGAGUUGACGUUCAUGCGCCGCGGUUGCGCUCGAUUGUGGAUAUUUGUUCGAGCAGACAUGCGGCAUGCAGUAUCAUAAUGUGGCCGUGCACGUGUUCGUCGUGCGCCAAAUGGUAUGCGCCUUUCAACAUUCAACGUCGUUCCAAGUGGUUGGCCUAGUCCACAAUCGCCCCGAGGAGAGGAAAUUGAAAGACGAGAAGGAGAGGAAGAGGAGAGAAAAGAAAGACAAGGACAAGAAAAAGGAAAAGGAUAAGGCGAAGGACAGCGCCCAGGUUCUGAUGAUCGCAGACGCCCCGUUUGGCAAGAGCAGCCAGGCCGUCGUGCCGCGGAGACCACCGCCCACCGGUACGACCAUCGUGCUGGACGACUCGGACGAGAGCGUCAAAAGCGUCUGCCUCGGCACCCCUCAAAAGGAGGACACGGGAAAGAGACGAAAAGAGGGCGAGGAAAAGAGAAGAAGCCGGAGCCGACGGAAACGCAGGCCCGCGGCGCUUGCGAUGGGACCCUUGAGUCCGGCGGCAGGGCGGCCCCGAUAUUGCAGCUGCAUGUGGGAUGAAGGGGGGGAGGAGGGGUGCGGAGAUCGCAUUCUCAGCCCCCAGAGAGAAUCAUGGGAAACACAUGCUGAUACACUCCAUCACGC